AUGAGCCAUCAGAACCACAGAGGAACCAACACCCUCCCCUCCUCUGACAAUUAUCCUCACACCAACAGAGGAACCAACACCCUCCCCUCCUCUGACAACAAACCUCACGACCACAGAGGAACCAACAACCUCCCCUCCUCUGAAAACAAACCUCACGACCACAGAGGAACCAACACCCUCCCCUCCUCUGACAACAAACCUCACGACCACAGAGGAACCAACACCCUCCCCUCCUCUGACAACAAACCUCACGACCACAGAGGAACCAACACCCUCCCCUCCUCUGACAACAAACCUCACGACCACAGAGGAACCAACACCCUCCCCUCCUCUGACAAUAAACCUCACAACCACAGAGGAACCAACACCCUCCCCUCCUCUGACAACAAACCUCACGACCACAGAGGAACCAACACCCUCCCCUCCUCUGACAAUAAACCUCACGACCACAGAGGAACCAACACCCUCCCCUCCUCUGACAAUAAACCUCACGACCACAGAGGAACCAACAACCUCCCCUCCUCUGACAACAAACCUCACGACCACAGAGGAACCAACACCCUCCCCUCCUCUGACAACAAACCUCACGACAACAGAGGAACCAACACCCUCCCCUCCUCUGACAACAAACCUCACGACCACAGAGGAACCAACACCCUCCCCUCCUCUGACAACAAACCUCACGACCACAGAGGAACCAACAACCUCCCCUCCUCUGACAACAAACCUCACGACCACAGAGGAACCAACACCCUCCCCUCCUCUGACAACAAACCUCACGACCACAGAGGAACCAACAACCUCCCCUCCUCUGACAACAAACCUCACGACCACAGAGGAACCAACAACCUCCCCUCCUCUGACAAAAAACCUCACGACCACACAGAUUGCACCUGCACUUCCAAAUACCACCCAAAAAACUACUGAACUCACAACCACACCCACAAAUGUCAGUACGUACGCACCCACAACUACCACAGCACCCACAACUACCACAGCAUCCACAACUACCACAGCACCCACAACUACCACAGCAUCCACAACUACCACAGCUCCCACAACUACCACAGCACCCACAACUACCACAGCAUCCACAACUACCACAGCACCCACAACUACCACAGCACCCACAACUACCACAGCACCCACAACUACCACAGCAUCCACAACUACCACAGCAUCCACAACUACCACGGCAUCCACAACUUUAAGUACACACCCAACCACCGAUCUCACAACCCAUAUUGUGGACGGUACAACAACGAGCAGUGGGCCUAGAUACGUUGCUGUACUGAGGAUAAAACUGUCCUCUCUGAUCCCACUGACAGAUGAUUACAUCAGAAACGUGGUUUUACAGCAGCUCCGUGAGGAACUGAUCAGACAAGGGCUGCCAGGGGACUUCGCGCUACGCCUGAGAGACACUCAUGGGAUCAGUUCCUGAGGGGGGAACAAGAAUUCACAUCGACAUUCUUCACUCCUACUUGUCUUGUCUUCCUGGUUCUGAUUCUGCAUAAAGUUCUUCUGAAGAAGAAGUGGUUCCUUAUAAUGACAGAGUUGAUUUGUACUAAUCUCUUGAAGAAGAAGUGGUUGAAUGACUAAAAUGUAAAUGUUUUAUGUCUAGAAGAAGAAAUAGAACAUACAUAUGAUUGGUAACAGAGUUUGGUAAUGUACAGAGGUAGACUGGGGUUCUUUCCUGUUUGGUAAUGUACAGAGGUAGACUGGGGUUCUUUCCUGUUUGGUAAUGUACAGAGGUAGACUGAGGUUCUUUCCUGUUUGGUAACAGAGGUAGACUGGGGUUCUUUCCUGUUUGGUAAUGUACAGAGGUAGACUGGGGUUCUUUCCUGUUUGGUAAUGUACAGAGGUAGACUGGGGUUCUUUCCUGUUUGGUAAUGUACAGAGGUAGACUGAGGUUCUUUCCUGUUUGGUAAUGUACAGAGGUAGACUGGGGUUCUUUCCUGUUUGGUAAUGUACAGAGGUAGACUGAGGUUCUUUCCUGUUUGGUAAUGUACAGAGGUAGACUGGGGUUCUUUCCUGUUUGGUAAUGUACAGAGGUAGACUGGGGUUCUUUCCUGUUUGGUAAUGUACAGAGGUAGACUGGGGUUCUUUCCUGUUUGGUAAUGUACAGAGGUAGACUGGGGUUCUUUCCUGUUUGGUAAUGUACAGAGGUAGACUGGGGUUCUUUCCUGUUUGGUAAUGUACAGAGGUAGACUGAGGUUCUUUCCUGUUUGGUAACAGAGGUAGACUGGGGUUCUUUCCUGUUUGGUAAUGUACAGAGGUAGACUGGGGUUCUUUCCUGUUUGGUAAUGUACAGAGGUAGACUGAGGUUCUUUCCUGUUUGGUAACAGAGGUAGACUGAGGUUCUUUCCUGUUUGGUAACAGAGGUAGACUGAGGUUCUUUCCUGUUUGGUAAUGUACAGAGGUAGACUGAGGUUCUUUACUGUUUGGUAAUGUACAGAGGUAGACUGGGGUUCUUUCCUGUUUGGUAAUGUACAGAGGUAGACUGAGGUUCUUUCCUGUUUGGUAAUGUACAGAGGUAGACUGAAGUUCUUUCCUGUUUGGUAAUGUACAGAGGUAGACUGGGGUUCUUUCCUGUUUGGUAAUGUACAGAGGUAGACUGGGGUUCUUUCCUGUUUGGUAAUGUACAGAGGUAGACUGGGGUUCUUUCCUGUUCUGUAAUGUACAGAGGUAGACUGGGGUUAUUUCCUGUUUGGUAAUGUACAGAGGUAGACAGGUUCUGUCCUGUUUGGUAAUGUACAGAGGUAGACUGGGGUUCUUUCCUGUUUGGUAAUGUACAGAGGUAGACUGAGGUUCUUUCCUGUUUGGUAAUGUACAGAGGUAGACUGGGGUUCUUUCCUGUUUGGUAACAGAGGUAGACUGGGGUUCUUUCCUGUUUGGUAAUGUACAGAGGUAGACUGGGGUUCUUUCCUGUUUGGUAAUGUACAGAGGUAGACUGGGGUUCUUUACUGUUUGGUAAUGUACAGAGGUAGACUGGGGUUCUUUCCUGUUUGGUAAUGUACAGAGGUAGACUGGGGUUCUUUCCUGUUUGGUAAUGUACAGAGGUAGACUGAGGUUCUUUCCUGUUUGGUAAUGUACAGAGGUAGACUGGGGUUCUUUACUGUUUGGUAAUGUACAGAGGUAGACUGGGCUUCUUUCCUGUUUGGUAAUGUACAGAGGUAGACUGGGGUUCUUUCCUGUUUGGUAAUGUACAGAGGUAGACUGGGGUUAUUUCCUGUUUGGUAAUGUACAGAGGUAGACUGGGGUUAUUUCCUGUUUGGUAAUGUACAGAGGUAGACUGAGGUUCUUUCCUGUUUGGUAAUGUACAGAGGUAGACUGAAGUUCUUUCCUGUUUGGUAAUGUACAGAGGUAGACUGGGGUUCUUUCCUGUUUGGUAAUGUACAGAGGUAGACUGGGGUUCUUUCCUGUUUGGUAAUGUACAGAGGUAGACUGGGGUUCUUUCCUGUUCUGUAAUGUACAGAGGUAGACUGGGGUUCUUUCCUGUUUGGUAAUGUACAGAGGUAGACAGGUUCUUUCCUGUUUGGUAAUGUACAGAGGUAGACUGGGGUUAUUUCCUGUUUGGUAAUGUACAGAGGUAGACUGGGGUUAUUUCCUGUUUGGUAACAGAGGUAGACUGGGGUUCUUUACUGUUUGGUAAUGUACAGAGGUAGACUGGGGUUAUUUCCUGUUUGGUAAUGUACAGAGGUAGACUGGGGUUCUUUCCUGUUUGGUAAUGUACAGAGGUAGACUGAGGUUCUUUCCUGUUUGGUAAUGUACAGAGGUAGACUGGGGUUCUUUCCUGUUUGGUAAUGUACAGAGGUAGACUGGGGUUCUUUCCUGUUUGGUAAUGUACAGAGGUAGACGGGGGUUCUUUCCUGUUUGGUAAUGUACAGAGGUAGACUGGGGUUCUUUCCUGUUUGGUAAUGUACAGAGGUAGACUGGGGUUCUUUCCUGUUUGGUAAUGUACAGAGGUAGUCUGGGGUUCUUUCCUGUUUGGUAAUGUACAGAGGUAGACUGGGGUUCUUUCCUGUUUGGUAACAGAGGUAGUCUGGGGUUCUUUCCUGUUUGGUAAUGUACAGAGGUAGACAGGUUCUUUCCUGUUUAGUAAUGUACAGAGGUAGACUGAGGGUCUUUACUGAAGAAUAGUUGGUUGAGGCUCAGUUUUCUGUGACAUUUUAGUGACAGACACCAGUAGGGAGGACCCACUUGUAAAGACCCACACACACACUCAGGAAGACGUUUCACUUUCACUCACACGUGGAGCAUAAAGAAGAAUGAACAAUGAGGUUGAAUUGACACUGACGAAAGAGAAGAAGAAAUGAAUUGACACUGACGAAAGAGAAGAAGAAAUGAAUUGACACUGACAAAAGAGAAGAAGAAAUGAAUUGACACUGACAAAAGAGAAGAAGAAAUGAAUUGACACUGACAAAAGAGAAGAAGAAAUUAAUUGACACUGACGAAAGAGAAGAAGAAAUGAAUUGGGACUGGAAUUGAUUGAAAUACUAAUUAAAGGUUAAACAUAUUAAGUGUUAAAGGUUGAAAACAUUGGGAGAUAUUACAGGUGUUAAAAUAAUGCAGGUGAGGAGAGUUAGAAUGUAGUUUUCUUUAAGUUGUGAAUCAUAUUGACUGUGUUUCAUUCUGCUUAGAGGACAAGGCCUUAGGAGGUUGAUAACGAGACGUUAUAAUGGUCAAAUGUUAUAAUGUUUAAAAUAUUGAAUUAUUAAGAUAUAACUGGAGUAAUAAAUUAGGUUGUAGUAAGAUUAGAAUUGAGUAAAGGUAGUUUGAAAAAUGUAUGUUUUAAGAAGUUGAUGUUAAUGAAGUAUAUUAAAGGUGCUAGCUUGAUCUGGAAAUCCCUUGAGGUUUCCUCAUUGAUAGACAUGUUCUAGAACAUUCUAGGAGAAAUCCGUUAGGUUACCUCAUUGGUAGAAGUGUUCUAGAACAUUCUAGGAGGAACCCUUUAGGUUACCUCAUUGGUAGAAGUGUUCUAGUACAUUCUAGGAGGAAUCCUUAAUGUUACCUCAUUGGUAGAAGUGUUCUAGAACAUUUUAGGAGGAACCCUUUAGGUUACCUCAUUGGUAGAAGUGUUCUAGAACAUUCUAGGAGGAAUCCUUAAUGUUAGCUCAUUGGUAGAAGUGUUCUAGAACAUUCUAGGAGGAAUCCUUAAUGUUGCCUCAUUGGUAGAAGUGUUCUAGUACAUUCUAGGAGGAAUCCUUUAGGUUACCUCAUUGGUAGAAGUGUUCUAGUACAUUCUAGGAGGAAUCCUUAAUGUUACCUCAUUGGUAGAAGUGUUCUAGAACAUUCCAGGAGGAACCCUUUAGGUUACCUCAUUGGUAGAAGUGUUCUAGAACAUUCUAGGAGGAAUCCUUUAGGUUACCUCAUUGGUAGAAGUGUUCUAGUACAUUCUAGGAGGAAUCCUUAAGGUUACCUCAUUGGUUGAAGUGUUCUAGAACAUUCUAAGAGGAACCCUUUAGGUUACCUCAUUGGUGGAAGUGUUCUAGAACAUUCUAGGAGGAACCCUUUAGGUUACCUCAUUGGUAGAAGUGUUCUAGAACAUUCUAGGAGGAACCCUUUAGGUUACCUCAUUGGUAGAAGUGUUCUAGAACAUUCUAGGAGGAACCCUUUAGGUUACCUCAUUGAUAGAAGUGUUCUAGAACAUUCUAGGAGGAACCCUUUAGGUUACCUCAUUGGUGGAAGUGUUCUAGAACAUUCUAGGAGGAACCCUUUAGGUUACCUCAUUGGUAGAAGUGUUCUAGAACAUUCUAGGAGGAACCCUUUAGGUUACCUCAUUGGUAGAAGUGUUCUAGAACAUUCUAGGAGGAACCCUUAAUGUUACCUCAUUGAUAGAAGUGUUCUAGAACAUUCUAGGAGGAACCCUUUAGGUUGCCUCAUUUGUUGAAGUGUUCUAGUUGCUGUUAGUUUUUUAGACACCAACUGAGGGACUGAGCAUCCCGAGGGGGGAGACAAAUAUCUGUUUAUAAAUUGUAGAAGGUAAGAACAUGUUUUUCUUGUUAUUAAAAACUGUGCUUCUCAUAAAAUUGUUAUAGUUUUUAGGUAAAGGGUUUAGGUAAAGACGCUGAAGGCAUCUCUCAAUUUAAUCCAAGGUACAUUUUUGCGUAUCAUCAAUUGGUGAUAUUGAUUGAUCAGUUUUUUUCUUAUGCCUUUUUCUGUAAUUUUGAAUAAACUUGCUUCAUUGUUCUGAAA